UGUUGCCCAGGCGUUGCUGACGCCUGCCAGAUCAUACAAAGUCUGGAUAGGUAUUUAACGUAUCAGCUAAGCACCUCAUUUUUGUUGUUGUAUUUUACUCCCUUUUUCUCCCCAAUUUCGAUCUCGUCUCAUAGCAAUCUGUCAGUCGAUGACACCGUCGAUGACGUAGAACGCAACGUGCAACGUUAAUACGUGCAACGUUUGAGCAGUGGACGCGACCUUUGUGUCACUAGCUAACAGGUGCACGGAACUCAAAAUGGUGUGAGAUAUGCGGAGUAAAUGUAACACAAGAAGCAAGUUCCAGCAUUGCUAUACGAAACCCCGCAACGGCAAGGAUGUUCACCGGCCUGGCACAGAGACCAUGGCAAGUCCUCUGCAGGGUCUACCUGCAGCAAAGAGCCCCACUGUCACAACGAACCCCCAGGGUUGCUCGACCAUGCCACGGGUGGCACAAGGUAGAGAUGCACAGUCUGUGGUUCAGCCAUGACUUCCGUGUAGCCUCUCUAGCAACAGGCCAGGUCCAGUACUAUUGUACCUCAGGCAGCAAUAAGGAUGGCKCCUCUCCUCCUCCUACACAAGGACCACCUACUACAGAGAAGGUGCUGGCUGGGGCAGCACAAGCCUAUUCAGACUCCCCAGGUAAGAGCCAAGGUUCAAUAACACCACAAGGUCUGACACAAAUGGAGACAAUUCAAGUGAAAGUGCGGGCUGUCCUUAAGAAGAGGGACUAUGGAUCCAAGUACACCCAGAACAACUUUAUCACUGCAGUGAGAGCUAUGAAUGAGUUCUGUCUCAAGCCAAGUGACCUGGUGCAGCUAAGAAAGAUCCGUCGACGCAGCCCCCACGACGACACCGAGGCUUUCACUGUAUUCCUGCGAUCAGACGUGGAAGUCAAAGCUCUAGAUGUGUGGGGAAGUCCUGAAGCCCUUGACAGAGAGAGGAAACUCAGGAAAGUGGAGGAGAGAGAGUACGAAGAGAAUAUUUUCCGGAAUCAGCAGUUGCUAAAGGAGUACAAAGAUUUCUGGGGAAACACUAAGCCCCGAUCAGGCAGCAAGAGGGCAACAUUUUCACAAGGUCCGGGGAAGGUGGUGAUGGUGGCCAUAUGCAUUAAUGGACUGAAUUUCAUCUUCAAGCUCCUGGCUUGGGUGUACACUGGAUCAGCCAGCAUGUUCUCAGAGGCCAUUCACUCCCUGGCUGACACCUGCAACCAGGCUCUUCUUGCAAUCGGCAUCAGCCAGUCUGUCCGGAACCCUGACGCUGUCCACCCGUACGGUUUCUCAAACAUGCGCUACAUCGCCUCGCUCAUCAGUGGCGUAGGUAUCUUCAUGAUGGGGGCGGGUCUCUCCUGGUACCAUGGCAUCAUGGGACUGCUGCACCCACAGCCAAUCGAGUCUCUGCUUUGGGCUUACUGUAUCUUGGCAGGAUCUCUGGUUUCAGAAGGAGCAACACUGCUAGUGGCCAUCAAUGAGAUCAAAAAGAGUGCUGGCCAGCAAGGCGUGUCCUUCUACGAAUAUGUGAUGCAGAGCCGAGACCCCAGCACUAACGUGGUGCUGCUGGAAGACUCUGCUGCCGUACUGGGAGUGAUCAUGGCCUCAAGCUGCAUGGGGCUCACCUCGCUCACAGGUAACCCACUGUACGAUAGCCUGGGCUCUCUGGGUGUGGGAACCCUCCUGGGGGCUGUGUCCGCCUUCCUCAUCUACACCAACACUGAGGCCCUGCUGGGACGCUCCAUCCAGGCCGAGCACGUCCAGAAGCUCACAGAGUUCCUGGAGAACGACCCCGCCGUCAGGGCGAUCCACGAUGUGAAGGCCACAGACCUAGGGCUGAGUAAAGUGCGCUUCAAGGCUGAGGUGGACUUUGACGGGCGGGUGGUGACCCGUUCCUACCUGGAGAAGCAGGACAUAGAACAGAUCCUCAACGACAUCCAGCAGGUGAAGACCACUGAUGAGCUGGAGAACUUUAUGCUGAAGCACGGCGAGAACAUCAUUGACACCCUGGGGGCUGAGGUGGACCGCCUGGAGAAAGAGCUCAAGCAACGCAACCCAGAGGUACGGCACGUCGACCUGGAGAUUCUAUAACACUACGGAUCUAUGCAGGGAAUGUCGUGCGACUGCAAGAAGGAACUAGAGAAAUGGGGUUUGGAGGAUAGCCAAGCCGACCUCUGCACUCUGCCUCCCGCUGUCUCCCAUCCUAUCCAACUCAUCUGAACAAGUCUUACUGUAGAAUAGUCCUUUUUGGUAAUUUAUCAGGAUCCCCAUUAUCUGUUACGAUAGCAGCAGCUACUCUUCCUGGGGUCCACAUGAAACAUGACAUAAUACAGAACAUUAAUAGACAAGAACAGCUCAAGGACAGAACUACAUAAGCGACAGACACGUGCUGGGACAGGGAUUUAAUUAGUUCCACUUCUUUCCAUGUAGAUUUGACCAUGCCGUUACCAAUGUUACGAAGUGUUUGUUCAAAAGCACAGGGGUAUUAGAGACAGUGGCACACCUGGUGUGGCAGUGAAGACUGGGCUCAAAGCACAGAAGUUCUGAAACUGGACUUGGUCGUGGUGCGUUUCACUCACACUGUAGCUGUACAGUUACCUUUUGAAUAUAGUUCUCAUGUGUUGACGUUUAUUCAUCUUUCCACAAGAACAAAAAAACAAGUCAGUUGAAAAAUCAUGUCUUUCGACUAUUCAAACGGACCAGUAUCAAUAAGCAGUUAUAUAUAUACUGAACAAAAAUAUUAAUGCAAAAYUUUACUGAGUUACAGUUCAUGUAAGGAACUCAGUCAAUUGAAAU